AAGAGAUUUUGGAAAGCAAAAAAUUCCCCUACUCACAAAAACUCCAUCCUCAUCGUCACCCUCUUUUUCUUGACCUGUGGAGUCUCCGCGAAACCUAUCCCCACAUUCGAUAGAGCGGUAUCAGAGUCUACUCGCGAAGACGCAUCAUAUUUGGGUCCCCAAGUGCGAGCGGUAUCAGAGUAUAUUCGCGAAGACGCAUCGUUUUUGAGUCCCCAAGUCGACGGUGUGCGAGAGGAUUCGGUAUGGCUAACACCACCGCCACUUGAAUCGGAGCCAGCCAACUGAGCCCAGGAGGCUGAUGUGACAUCUAGCGACAAUGCUUUGUUGAUAAAUGGAUGAUAUGGGCUGGUUAACGAACGACGGAUAAAAUAACUAAACAGAUGGUAGAUGGAUAGCAAGGAUCAAGAGAUGGAGAGGUCCCAUCACGUGGCUGGUAUGGACCGGGUUUGAACUCAAAAGUCACUGCCAUGGCCAUGAAACAACUGGAACACUAGUACUAGCCCAGUUGACUUCAAUCACACACAUCAGUGGUAUCUCCACAUCUCCGUUACUAAUAAGUUACAGCUGAUGGCUUCGCUACCGAUACUACGUAUUCCAUGUAACAGCUUGCGGAUAUUUGUAGAAGGAUAUUUGAAAUUUGACUCAAGUGGUUGAACUGGUC